AUGGCGGAUCAGCUUGAAUUCCACCACGAGGAGGUAAAAGCAGAGGAAGAAGAAGAAGAAGAAUCAAAGAAGUUCAACUAUGAGGAGGAGGAGGAGCAAGUCUUCAAUUCCAGAGCAUGGUUCGACAUUCUCAAGCACCGCCUUUCUUCCUCCUCCGCUGCCGCCGCCAAAACCCCUGAAUCGGCCGCCGCAGUGGGUAGCCGGAAAUUGUGGACCAACGAGAUUAUCAAGCUGGCAGGGGCGAGAAUCAUUCAAUCGAGGUCUUCCACUGAUGGGAUUGAUGUUCCGGCGAUGCUCGGCGAUGGCGGCGGCGGACUUAACCAGGAAGAAGCCAAGGACGUGGAGCUCAUGGAGCACCUCCUCGAGUGCGCGGAGAAAGUCGGGAAGGGGGAGUUCGACCGCGCAAUCGAACUCCUCGGCCGCUGCAACUGCUGGGCUUCGCAGACGGGGAACCCGGUCCAGCGGCUCGCGUACUACUUCGGCAACGCCCUGCGGCAGAGGAUGAAAGAAGGAACAGAGGAGGUCGGAGCAGAGGCAGAGCAGAACGACGAUGAUCGGAAGCCGUUGGAAUCCGACACGGCCGUGACACUCCCGGACGAGCACGGGGUGGAAUUCCACAGGAGCGUGCCGUUCUACACGGCGUCCCAGCUCGCCGCGGUCCAGAUCAUGAUGGAUAACGUCGUCGGAGAGAAGCGGAUCCACGUGAUCGAGCUCCGGAUCUGCUCCGGCCUGCCGAUGAUCGCACUGAUGCAGGCUCUAACUUCGUCGGGUCCUACCAAUUCGAUCGAGAUGCUCCGGAUUACCGCCCUGGCGAACGACGAAUCGGAGGAGCGAUUCAUCCACGGGUCGGGCGAGCGGCUGGUCGGGUUCGCGCGGGAAAUGGGGCUGCCGUUCUCCUUCAAGAUCGUCCGAAUUUGGGAUUCCCCUGCCGCCCAUAAAGACAAACUGGGCCUGGAGCCCAGGGAAGCGACGGUUGUGCUCGCCGAGUACGCGCUCAGCCGGAUGGUCACAAAGCCCAACCGGCUGGAGGCGAUGAUGAAGCUGAUCCGGUCCAUCCGGCCGAGGGUUAUGGUUGUGAUCGAGACGGAGGCGAACCACAACGCGCCCGAUUUCGGCCACCGGUUCGUCGAGACGCUGUUCACCGCCGGCGCGUACUUCGACUGCCUGGCGAGCUGUAUGGAGGGGAACGAGGCGGCGAGGGCGGUGAUGGAGUCGCGGUAUCUGAACGACCGGAUCAGGAACAUUCUGGUGGCGGAAGGGGAGAAGAGGGUCGCUAGAGAUGUGAAGAUUGGGGUUUGGCGGAAGUACUUUGCUCGGUUCGGGAUGCUGGAGAUUUCGGUGAGAGGGCUGGGGCUGCAGCAUGCGAACCUGGUGAUUCGCAGCUCGCCGUUCGCCGGUUCCUGCCUGGUGGCGCUGGAUCGGAAGAGCUUGAUGAUUGGGUGGAAGGAUAUGCCGCUGCUCUUUGUUUCUGCCUGGAAGUUUAUGAAGGCGAUACCGCACUAG